CCCGGGAGACUCUGACCCCGCCCCAUGGCUUUGGAUCCGCCUCGGAUCGCUCCAGCCCCUCCUCCUCGGACUCGCCUUGGAUUGGUCCAGACUCACGGAGAUCCCGCCCCAUCCAGCCCGCCUCCCCCGCUAUCCCUCGGGAUUGGUCUGGUCUCCCUCCGGCUCCGCCCAUCCCGCGCCCGCCGAGCCCCCAUUGGCCGUCGUCCAGCGCUGUCAGUCACUCGAGCUGGAGCAAAGGUUGGUCGCGGAGCGUGUCCCGAAGCAAAGCCAGAGUGCAGUGGGACAAAGCCCAGAACAAGACACUGCAAGGAGUAACUGGACCUCCUGAAAUUCUUCUUUCAAAGCUCUCUAGUCCAAGCCCAGGGGGAGACCAUCAGAUGCCGUCCAUAUAGCAUCCAUGUGACUUGCACUGAAUCCACUCAGAACUAUUCAUGGCCCAAGAAUUACAGUGGGGGUUGGUUUGGCUGCUCCUGUCGGAUCAGGCUCUGCAGCCCAGCAUGAAAGGAGCCCGUAGUCACUAAACAGCAAUGAUCCAGACUUGGUGUGAGCCUGUGUCCUGUCCCCCUGAAGUAGCCGGGUCGCUGUGUCCUUUCUGCCUGCUUUGCCCGUGCAUGUUCCAGAUGACCUUUCCAUCACACCUACCCUCCGGUGCAGCGCAUGCAUGAGACAGCCAGUGACCCUGCUAAGUAAAGCCUCUUCCAUGUGCUUCACUGGCUCUCUUGCGCAGACUCGCAGUAUGUGUCCUGCAGCUGACAGGCAGUGGGGCAGGAGAGAUGCAUGGUGCUGAGGAAUUCCCUCCCUGCCUUGUCUUCUCUCCCUAGCCAGGCAGGGUUGGUGUAAUUGUUGGAGCUGUCGUGCUUACGAUGCCUGUUGUUUCUGUCUCCCAUGGCACUGAUGCAUCGGUGGGGUUUAAAAGGGCUGAUCUGUGUCAGUGGCCUUCUCUCCCUCAUCCUGCUCUGGUGCCUGCUGGUCAUGACAGCUGAUGUCCAGAAGAGAUGGCAGCUUUCCAGUCGCUUCCCCAUCUUCCGAGGGAAGCUGCCCAGGAGGUCUCGCUUUGGGGCCAUCGAAGCUGCCCAGAGGGGGGUGGACUUUCCAUCCCUGUUCACCAGUUCUCACACAGAUCCUCACUGUGAGCCUGGGCAGCUGCUCCUGAUCCUCGUGACUUCAGCCCCAGGGAAUUCAGAGCCCAGGCAAGUGAUCAGGAGAACCUGGGCUGCCCGCGAGGGCCUGAGAGCACACCAAUGGCAGUCCGUGUUCCUAGUCGGCCAGUCUGCAGACGUUGGGGUAGCCCAGGGCAUCCAGAGAGAGCAGCAGGAGUUUGGGGACAUCCUGAUUGGGAAUUAUCAGGACACCUAUCGGAACCUCACCCUGAAGGUCAUGCAUGGGUUUAAGUGGGUGGCUGAGCGGUGCCGGCCCAGCUACAUUCUAAAGACGGAUGACGACUGCUUCGUCAACACAGACCGGCUGCCGGAGUUCCUGCUGGAGCACAACACUAUUAAGACGGGCCUGUAUGCAGGAUCCCUCUUCUCCCGUGAGAAGCGGCAGGUCAUCAGAGAGCCUUCCAGCAAAUGGUACGUCUCCAGGCAAGACUACCGCCCUGACGAAUACCCGCCAUACGCCAGUGGCAUCGGCUACAUCCUGUCUCUGGAUGCCGUUGAGCGGAUCCUGUGGGCAGCAGAACAUGUCCACCCCAUCCCGGUGGAAGAUGCCUACGUGGGCAUCUUGGCUGAGAGGGCUGGGAUCCGGGUGAAAUCCAGUGCGCGCUUUGCCAAGCACAACGUGAGGUGGCGGGUGUGUAACUACCGCUACCUGAUGGUGAUUCAUCACCUGAGCCCACAGGAGCAGGAGGUGGCCAAGGGGAACAUGCUGCAGGCUCGGAGUGCCUGCCAUGACAGCCUGGAGGUCACCCGGUGGAAGUGAGCCACUGUCUGCCGGGAGGGCUGGCGAGGGACCUGGCAACCUCAUGCCUGUAGCACAGUCUGAAGGGGGUUAUACAACUGGUGCUCAGUUUAACCCCCCCAAGCCCCAUCCCAGGCACUGGGGUGGGAGUCAUGGUCAGCCCCUGGGAUGUACCCUUGCCAGGCACCCCAGCUGUCUUACCCUUCCAUUGUUACGGGCUGCCGGAGAGUGAAGUGGCCCUGUCCAGAUUGCCUGGCAGGCAGCAUCUUACUCGCCACAGAAACCCGAGGUUGGGGCUGGGAGUCAGGAGCUCUUGGGUGGGAGUCUCAGCUCUGCUACUAACCUCAGGCCAGUGACUGACCGAUCCUGUGCCUCAGUUUCCCCACUUGUAAAGUGGGGAUAACUAUCUGCCUCAGCUCCUAGGGCCUGUGGAGCUUAAUUGGUUCAUGUCUGUAGGGCUCUGAAAAGUGGUGUGGGAGGGGCCAAACAUCAACACAGAGGGACUCACGGUCUCGGUAUGUCAUGCCCAGCUGAGGCUCCUGCCAUCCAGAUGCAUCGUGGCAUGUUAGGACCUAUAGCCCACAGGCUGGCUGCCGUCUGCUUCAGUUUGUGGCCAGCUGCUGACGCCUUGAACUGAGCUACGUUGGAAGGUGCCAGGUCCCUGUAACACUACAGUGCCCUGGGGCGCAGGGCAUGUGAGCCUUGCAGCUGACAGGUGGGAGUGGGGCUGGCCUCUGCCUCUGGAAGAGGACUCUCCUCAUGCCCAGAGUCUCCAGCCCUCCCUCAGCUGAGGCUCUCCCGGGCUGCCUUAUGAAGGGGGGUUGCUGGAUGUGUGACCUAGCAAAGCAGCAGCAUUACUAGCCUCCCUGCGUGCUGCUGGAAAACACCACGGUAGCCCAGCACCCCUGCAGGGAGUGACGCCAUUUCUCCCCAUCUCUAGCACCUUCCCCGGGUGGGGGGAUGGGACAGGACUUACCUGUGCUUGGUGCAGUGGCACUAGCUGCACCUUCUCAUGCUGCAUCCUGCUGAGGGAAGGCCCAGGGUGGCCUGCACUUCACCAGCACCUGGGCCAGGCGUCCAGGCCCCAUGGGUGCUAGUGAUGUAUGGCAGGUGUAAACGGUACUCGCUUUCCUGAGCAGUGCUGGGGCCUCUUGUUCUCAUGAGCCUGGAGCACUUUCCAGACUGAAAGGACACUAGGGAAGGGUUAAUCUAUGCAGCUGCUACUACUACAAAACGGUAUUAAUAAAGGCUGGGGCUCAGAGUGAGGGCUGGGCUCUGUUCCGUACCCUGGGCAAGUCACUUCCCCGCUCUCUGCCUCAGUUUCCCCUCCCCAGGCAGGGGGUGAAGCCAAACUCCCACUGAUCUCACAUAUCAAGGUGCUCUCCUCCAGCUAGCCCUGUGCAGGGUGCUACUGCAGUGGGAAUUGCUGCUUUUACAAACCAACUCACCAGGCCCACCUCCUUCAGCACUGCCCAGCAGCAGCCAGCUGGGGGGAGGAAGCUGGUCGUGGGACUGGGCUCCUGCCCUGUGGGCACAGGGAGGCUAUGGCUAGUUAGCCUGUAGUGAGCUAGCCCGUGGGGCCUGAUCCCUGCACCACAGUGCCUAGAAAGGCUCCCCUCUGGCCCAGCGAGGCGAGCUCCCUGCUCUAGUGCCCAGCCCUCAAUCAGUGUUACUGACAUCCCAGCAGCAGGUGCCAAGCCCACACCAGCUCAGCCUGCCCCGUGGUUCCCAGCCCUACGACUGCCCAAGAGCGUUACCUCCUGCUUUUGCCACUAUUGUGCAGCUGGGGUCCCCUUGCUGGGGGGAUGGGACCCCCCCAAUUCCGCCUCCCAGCCUUACUGAUGAACUUGGGGGCCAGUAGGUUGUAGGGAAAAGGGGGGCGGGGGAGGGAAACACGAUUCAAUCCUGGUGCUUUGCCAGCCGGGCGUGUUGCUCCCACCUGGGCUGCAGUCUGCUCAGAGCCGGACCCUACGGCCUAGAGCUCCUGCAUUACCGUAGCCCCUUGGUCACGGCCCAGGACCCAGAGCGUGAGGUGCUGUACAAAGAACCCAUUCCCCCUCUGCCGGAAGUCACGUGCAGCUGCACCCGGCAGGUUACUCCGGGUGGGUUCAAACAUUCCUAUUCACACGGCUUCACUCGGGGUGGGCCUGGCCACUCGGCACAGCCGCCGAGUGAGCGAGGGGCCGGCCUGUGUCUGCCGCAGUCCAGGCAGCAGGAGGGCCACAGGCAGUGCUAGGUGCUGUUUCCUCUGAACGGUCGAAGGGACAAAGCUGGUGGAGGGAGAUGGUAGCUAACAGCUGCCUUUCACUGGGGCUUUCUCCCGCAAUAAAGGUUACCAAGAGCUGCCAA